AUGAGAAAAAGAUAUUUAGAAGAAUCUAAUGAUGAGAAAAAUAAAAGUUUGGAAGCAAAUAGUAAGAGAAUUAGAUUAACACGUUCACAGGAGUGUUUAAAUCAGCGCGAGGAAAGACUGUCGAAGAUGAGAAGCUACAAUAACGAUAGGUUAUCGCAAGAAUGUGAAGAACAAUGCGCUCAUCGCUUAGGUCUGAUAAGAGAGCGUCUUUCAAAUGAAACUGAAGACGAACAUUUGCUACGUUUGGAUGCUGCUCACUGUAUUGCGGCUCGGGCUAACGCCAAUUCCGAAGAAGCACAUAUCGAAUAUUUAGCUGCAACUGAGCUUUUACCUAAUAUCACAUACAACAAUCGAAAAGUUGAUAUCAAUGUUCGUCAUGAAUCAGCCUUUAAUGGUCACGUAGACAACGACAAUAGUGAAGAAGGAUUUCCCAAUUUGUUAAAUGCUCUAAUAAUUGUAUUUGCUACAUAUGAGAAGAAACCUCCAGAUAAUGUUGUUCCAAAAGAUGUGAACAAUUGUAGUGGACUUUUAUCUGAAGUAAAAUUAGCUGUCAAAUCUCGUGUGAUGUUAAAACGUAACGAUCAGUAUCUGACGGGCUCGUCAAUGGUGCUAUGGGUAUUGUAA